GUGAUUUUAAUAAUCUAACAAUCUUGUAAGGUGAGAAAGUUUCUAAUUUUCCGCAACAUCCUUUAGAUCAGUAUAAAAAAAGACUCAAAAUCUAUACUUUAUAUUAUUAAUUGCUUUCAGUUUAACUUUUCCCUGAACUAAUGUUUUGAAAUGAGAUUUUUCAUUUUCAUUGUGCUUUUUACUUGUUCAUGCAAGGCCUAUCAAACUUCGUCAGAAACUGAUACUUCUUCAGAUACUGAUAUUUUUUCAGAUGAAAUAAUUGACCUAAUCAACGCCCUCAAUAUAACAUGGAAGGCUGGUAAAAAUUUACAUGGACUGAGCUUAUCGAAGAUGAAAAAGCUUUUUAUGAGCUCAGAAGAAACAUUGACUUCAAUAAGAGAAAAAUUACGUUAUUUAAGACAUGAUGAGGAGCAAAUUAGUAGCUUUGAUUCUCGUGAUAAAUGGGCACAUUGUCCAUCUAUUGGUCAAAUUUAUGACCAAGGAUUAUGUUCACCUUCAUGGAUAUAUGCAUCUGUUGGCCAAAUUGCUGAUCGACUUUGUGUUAAUGAAGGCAAUAAAACAAAUAUUGACGUUGAUACAACAGUUAAAAAUAUGAUGAGGAGCAAUUAUGGGUGCUCAAAUGAAUUCAAUUCAGCUGACAUGGCUAAAGCCUUUGAAUAUUGGGAAACAACUAACAUUGCCAUUUCCGAUCUAAAAAAAUGUUUGCCUUUUUCAAAACGAUGUGAUAUUUAUUCAGACAGAAAUUUUUACGGUAUCCGCAGAGUUACUUAUUAUCGACCAGUUAACGAGUCAGGGAUACAGUACGAGAUACUGCAUUAUGGACCGAUAACCUCCCACAUUGAUGUUUAUUUAGAUCUACUUUUUUAUAAAUCAGGAGUUUAUCAAAGAAGAAGCAAUGUGAAAUUAGGAUCUCAUGUGGUUAAAUGCAUUGGUUGGGGUUCCGAGAAUGGUGUUGACUAUUGGCUUCUAGCUAACUCUUGGGGAACCAAAUGGGGUGAAAACGGUUUCUUCAAGCUUAAACGAGGUACUAAUGAACUUGGCAUGGAAAAGAAUAAUUUAGCUGUUAGUCUUAAUGAAAUUGAUGAAAGAGUCGAGUGGACGCUCGAUCGAAUCUUCGUUCGGACACCCUAAAUUAAACUUGUUUAUCAACGUAAGCUGCUUGUUUUGUUGUAAAACAACAUAUUUCAAUCCCGAUUCUGCAAAAUCAGCAUGAAUAAGAAUUUCACAGUUGCUCUCCACAACACUUUUCAAAUUAUGGAUUUCAAAUUUUUCUAUUUUUUGCUUUUUUGAGUUUGUUCAUCAAAAUAAUCAGUUAUCUGCAAUUGUGAAUAAAUAAUUACAUUUAAAACACUAAAAUAUUGAAUUAAACAAGA